AUGAAGUUUGCGCACGCCAUCGCCGGCUUCGCUGCCACGGCGAAUGCCUUCAACCCGUCUGAGUGGUUUGCCGACAACGACCAUGUCGACGUCAGCGCCCCUCACAGAAUCCCGUCGGUCCACGAGUCGGUCGUCAUGGCUCGUCGCAUCCUCGCCCUGACCAAGCUUGCGACGCUCUCGACCGUCUUCCCCGGCGACCACGGCCUCGAGGCCAAGACCCUCCCCGAGGGACUCGGAGGCGUGCCCAUUGGCAUGAUGGAUUACGUCGCGGACUGCGAGGACGAAGGCAACCCGACCAUCCUCGAGAUUAAGAUCGCAACCACUUUCCGAAACGUCCGAGCCGGAUCCAAUAUUACCCUGUCUAUGAACUGGGUUCCGCCGUAUCCGCCUACCAAGCGAAUUUCCUUCCUCUCCCGGCUUUCGGCCUACAUCCCGUUCAUCUCGACCUCCGAGUACAACACCCGAUCCGAGGCGUCCUCCUCGGCCCCGGACACGGUGCCCUACUCGGCGGCCAACCUGCCGCGGUUCGCCCUCUUUGGCUACCUCGAGCCCAUCGAGACGAACCCCGUGUCGGCCGUCAAGCUCGCCGCGUGCUUCACCAGCAGACACCCGGAUGCCAAGUACUGGCUGCCGGGCAACGUUAUCCACGAGAGCUCCUGGUCUCGCCUGGUAGUGACCAAGAUAUACUGGGUUGGGGGAUUCGGCGACCGUGCGAGGAUUGGGUGGCUUCCCCUCGACGAAUGGAAGAGCGUCACCAGAGACGAGUGGGAGUCCAUCAAGCUGCCCGGCGAGGAGAGGGGCUGGAGCGAGUGGUCAGUCAGUCCUGCGGGGGAGCUGUAA